AUGUCUAAAGUUAGACAACAGCCGAAGUGCUGCAGGUGCCGCAACCACGGGACCAUCGUCCUGCAGAAAGGCCACGCCAGCGUCUGUCCUUUCCGCCUGUGUGUGUGCUGGAAGUGCCGCCUGAUCUCCGAGAGGAGUCGGAUCAACACCCUGCAGAGAAAUCUGAGGAAAGCCCAAAACACCGGCAAGAAGAAUCCACGCCGCAGAGCAGGAGUCCCCGUGAAGAAAUCCACGGACAGAGGUGCGUCUCAGUCGGCCACAUCUGGACACCAGUGCCCUCCACCGGCAGGAGCUCCUGAUGGGACCGCCGACGGGAAUCCCCUGGACCUCCGAACCAGACCGACCGGGAGAGGAGAGAGUGCGGCCGGGACGAAGGUUGAGGGAGGACCGUGCUCCUCAGCGAGUGAGUUUAUGAUCACUUCUCUGUGACAAGGACACAGAGGAGGAUGAACCGAAAUAUUACCGACCUCGAUAAAUAUCGAUCAUGUUUUAUUUCACCUGUAAUAAUUGAUCCUGACCCAGCAGACCACGUGAAGAGAACCGUUUUUCUAAACUACUUCAGCUGACAAGAGAAAAUACUUUUGUUUAUAAAAGUCAAAGUUGGAGUGAAAUGUUGUUUUAAUAUAUAUAUAUAUGUAACAUGGCAUAUUGUUAAUAUUAGACAGACAGACAGAGAGAUAGAUAGAUAGAUAGAUAGAUAGAUAGAUAGAUAGAUAGAUAGAUAGAUACUUUAUUAAUCCCAGAGAGAACUGAAAAAAGAAAACACUACAUUUGAUAUGAAACUAUGGUGACUUGAUAAAAUUAUAUUGUUUAACAGAAUAAAUUCAUGAAAAUACAAGCUCCUGUGCUGAAAGAAACACUAAUGUUUUAGUUCAUCAAAUGUAAGAAUGAACUUUUUCUUUGUAUAUAAUCCAAAUUUUGAUGGACUAAAAAAAUCAACAGAAUUUUUGACUUUUCAAUGAUUUUUUUCCUUCUUUUGUUUAUUUGACUUCAUGCCGACAGACGAGUGUUUUCACUCCUUUGUUGUUUCCAUGAAAAGUGUCUUUAGGUCACAGCAACAACCGUUCAUUUCUUCUCUGUCCUCUAACUCUCAUUAUCCCUGCGCUCCUCUGCUGUGGAGUUAUCAUCAUUACUAUUAUUGUUGUUCGUAGUCACAGUAACAUGAUGUUAAUGUUAAAUUUAUGUCCCACCUUUCCUCCUAGACGCCCCGUCCUGGACAGCCCCUCUUCCUGUUAACCAUGUCCCGUUUCAGACAGCAGGUCAGCCACUUGAGCUCGGACACAAUUUAAUGCUGUAUCCAACCUUCCUGCUCUCCAUGCCGUGGUGUCCACCAUAUAAUGAAGGCCACUGUGGACCCCUGAUGAUUCCCCAUUUUCAGCCAAGUGCAAUGCAUCCCCCACCUCCUGCAGCUCCUGCAGCUCCUGCAGCUCCUGCACCUCCUGCUGUAAGUAAUUGUUCUCUUCACACUUUGGCUGUAUAAAGAAAUCCAUUUUCUUAUUGGAAUGAAAGCUUUGAUUGGAUUUUGGCUUUUAGACCUGAUGUCUCUCAUUUGUCUGAUGUGUCAGGAUGGCAGACUGUCUCCUCCUCCUCCUCCUGAGUCCUGUCAGACCUUCCAGGAAGAGGAACCUUAAAAAUCUUUCAUCACCUGUUUAUAUCACGUUGUUCUGUCGUUCUGUUCAGACUAGUUUGUUUUUGUUAAUUCAUUGUUCGAGUGAAUUUAUGCAGACUGAAAAUGUUGACAUUAUUUUUCUGCUGUUUGUUGAUACAGAAAAUUAAAGUUUGUU